GGAGCCACACGGGUGCUCUCUCCGCUCGCAACGAACUCCGCUUCGGAAGUUUUCCGGAAGUAGCCGAAGGUUAAGGGGGGUUCGAGACCGGAUGGAACGUUGAAAGCAACGGUCAGGCUGAGUCGACCGAGCAGGAGACGGGGGCGGUCGGCGGGCUGCAUGCGAGGGCGACGGGGGGAUCCGGAAACGGGCGUGCUUUGCGGUGGGCAGAAAGGUGGGGUGCAAGCGGUGCCCCUGCAGGGUGCUCCAAGUUUGAGUAAGUAGGUGACGCGCAGCGGGCGCUAGUGGUUGGGUGAUCAUAGUUAGUGGGGUGUCCUUAGCGAGCGCUGGUGGCAGAGUGAGUUCCAGCUAGUGGGUGACUCCCGGCGGGCGUAAGUAGUGGAGUGUUCUGCAGCUGGUGUGUGACCCGUCACGGGUGUGAUGAGCCGGUAGGAGGGGGGGUCUUUCCAUGGCUUCUCCGGCCCGGACUGUGACCCUGCUGGUGCCCUGAGAACCAGGAACGUACUAUGGGCUCUCUGAGCAGUAGACUGUUAGGCCAGGAAUCCACAGCUCGGCAAACUGGCUCUUGUGACUGCAGAAAGAGAAAGCGGAGCUUGGACUGUCAAUGUGACAGUGAGACUGAUGAGGAGUUGGAAAACCUGCUUAACACACCACGCAGGAAGAAACUGAAAAGCACUUCCACAUAUAUUUACCAGACCUUAUUCCUAAAUGGGGAAAACAGUGAUAUCAAGAUCUGCGCACUUGGAAAAGAAUGGAGUUUGCACAAAAUCUACCUCUGUCAGUCUGGAUACUUCUCCAGUAUGUUCUGUGGGUCGUGGAAAGAAUCCAGCAUGAAUGUUAUAGAACUGGAGAUACCUGACCACAAUAUUGAUGCAGAAGCUCUACAGGUAGCGUUUGGCUCGCUGUACAGAGAUGAUGUCUUACUAAAGCCCAGCCGUGUUAUAGCCAUUUUAGCAGCUGCCUGCAUGCUACAGCUGGAUGGCUUAAUUCAGCAGUGUGGAGAAACCAUGAAAGAGACCAUCAGCGUGCAAACUGUCUGUAGUUAUUCCGCAGCAGCCGGUGUCUACGGGUUAGACUCUGUGAAGAAAAAGUGCCUUGAAUGGCUUCUAAAUAACUUAAUGACUCAUCAAAGCGUUGAUCUGUUUAAAGAGUUAAGCAUCAACAGUAUGAAGCAGCUGAUCAGCUCUCCUGACUUGCUUGUAAUGCAGGUAGAGAUGGAUGUGUACACAGCUUUAAAAAAGUGGAUGUUCCUGCAAUUAGUGCCUUCUUGGAAUGGGUCCCUAAAACAGUUGCUAACCGAAGCAGAUGCCUGGUUCUCCAAAUGCAGGAAAGAGCUGGAGGAGAGCGGCAUCACCUUCCUAGAAAAUGAGCAGGGCAGCCCAUUUGUGCCAGUUUUCAAGCACCUGCGUAUGCAAUACAUCAUCAGUGACUUGGCAUCAGCUAGGAUUACUGAACGUGAUGCUAUAAUACCUUCAAAUUGGUUGUCCUCCGUUUACAAGCAGCAGUGGUUCACUAUGCUUCGUGCUGAGCAGGAUAAUGACACUGGUCCUCAAGAAAUCAAUAAACUUGAACUGGAAAGCAACAGUAUGCGAUGCGGCAGGAGACUUGCGAAAGAUGGAGAUUAUUGUUGGAGAUGGACUGGAUUUAACUUUGGUUUUGACUUGCUGGUUACUUACACCAACCGCUACAUCAUAUUUAAGAGAAACACCCUGAAUCAGCCGUGCAGUGGCUCAGUCAGUCUGCAGCUGCAGAGAAACAUUGCAUUCAGAUUACGCUUGGUGUCUUUUGAUAACAAUGGCAAAGUUAUCUGCAAUAGAACAAGUGGAUAUCAGAUCCUCAGCCUUGAGAAAGAUCAGGAGCAAGUGGUGAUGAACCUGGAUAGCCGCCUCCUCUUAUUCCCACUGUAUAUCUGCUGCAACUUCUUGUACACAUCUCCUGAGAAACGGACGGAGGCAGAAGGACCGCAUGACAGCCCUGACAGCUGAGAAUGCAUCCGCACACCUGUAGACCUCAAUAUGUAUACAUUAAAAAGGGAACAUUUUUAUUUU